AUGCAACACGGCCUCAGCAAGUAUGCUCCUCUGGUUAGCUUCAAUGCUAAGCUGAUGGUAGUGUCUAUCCUCAUGGAUGCCAUGCUUAUCGGUCUCAUAUCAUUGCCAAAUCAAGUUGUCUAUAUACAGUUUCACCCCGUCACUUACAUGGUCAAAUUGAACAUUGAGAUGUCCAUCACGAAAUUGUCAAAGGGAGAAAACGCCGACACGCAAAUGCCAUCCACGUCCGAUCACAGAACACAAGCGCGGGAGGAAGAAGAAGAGCACAAUCACCAGUCACAGAAUUACAAGCUACAAUCUGUCAACAGAACCAAGCCUACCGGAGAAGACCUCUCGUCCAUUGACGACGAUAUGGGUCAAUUUGAUGAAACAACAGCUGCUAGUACUCGCGGUAUCCUCGACUGA